UAACUUUAAUAAGGAGAAAAGACACACAGUUGGUUCAUGCCCAGCAUAACGAGGAGGUAGAAGAAUGAGUACUCACCCUUUUCAACACCUAGCGCAUAUCCUUUGUAUUUCAUCUCUGACAGUGAUAAUCUAUUUGUCUGGCUCUCUUCAAGCUGGAAAUACUCCUGUCAGGCUGGUUGACGGGAACACAAGGUGUUCAGGUAGAGUGGAGGUCUACUACAACAGCCAGUGGGGCACUGUGUGUGAUGAUAACUGGGGCAUGAGUGAUGCACAGGUGGUGUGUAGACAGCUGGGAUGUGGAAGUGCUGUCUCUGCUCCUGUGGAAUCCCACUUUGGCAGGGGGAGUGGGAACAUCUGGAUGGAUGAGGUCCGCUGCUCCGGUUCUGAAGGAUCCCUUACAGAGUGCUCUCAUAGUGGCUUUGGAACACAUAACUGUAACCAUGGAGAAGAUGCUGGUGUGGUGUGCUCAGGAAAUGCUCCUGUUAGGCUGGUUGAUGGGAACACAAGGUGUUCAGGUAGAGUGGAGGUCUACUACAACAACCAGUGGGGCACUGUGUGUGAUGAUAACUGGGGCAUGAGUGAUGCACAGGUGGUGUGUAGACAGCUGGGAUGUGGAAGUGCUGUCUCUGCUCCUGUGGAAUCCCACUUUGGCAGGGGGAGUGGGAACAUCUGGAUGGAUGAGGUCCGCUGCUCCGGUUCUGAAGGAUCCCUUACAGAAUGCUCUCAUAGUGGCUUAGGAACACAUGACUGUAACCAUGGAGAAGAUGCUGGUGUGGUGUGCUCAGAUAACCGCACAUUGUCUGGUCCAGAGUUAACAGCCAUGAUGAAGAUCGGCACCAGGGUCAUGAGGGGUCAGGACUGGAGGUGGGAAAACCAGGAUGGAAACCCUCCGGGUCUGGGCAGUGUGAUUGGUGAACUGAGUGAGAGUGGCUGGAUUCGUGUGAGGUGGGAUGCUGGUGGUGAAAACUCCUACCGCAUGGGCAGUACAGGCAAAUACGACCUCAAGCUGCCCCUGUUACUGCCCUCCCCACUGCCCCCUACACAGCCAGGCCACAAAGCCUUGUCUGGCCCAGAGAUGGCCGCCAUGAUGAAGAUUGGCACCAGAAUCAUGAGGGGUCAGGACUGGAAGUGGCAAAACCAGGAUGGAAUCCCUCCCGGUCUGGGCCGUGUGAUUGGUCAGCUGAGUGAGAGCGGUUGGAUCCGGGUGAGGUGGGACAACGGCCAUGUAAACUCCUACCGCAUGGGCAGCGGAGACAAAUACGACCUCAAGCUGGCCGAGCCACUGCCCUCUACACUGCCCCCUACACAGCCAGCCACAGACCCAUCAGUUAACCAGAGUGAUCCUUGUCACAACUACACUGUGCUGAAUGAUACCUGGAGGGUCACCACCAACCUGGACCAAUCAGUGCGCAGGUGUGACCGGGACGUCCAGUGGCAGGGCUGGUACCUGAUGGUCUACCAGGAAGUGAGUGUUCGGAUGCCUAACAUGUGUGUGCCCAAGGAGCGCUGUGGUACGCAUGCACCCCUCUGGCUGAAGGGUUCUCACCCCCAACCAGAGGAUGGCAUUGUGACCAGGGAGGUGUGUGGACACUGGAAUAGCGACUGCUGCAACUUCAAAUCACCCUCCAUACAGGUUAAAUCUUGUCCUGGAAACUUUACUGUUUACAAAUUUGAGAGACCUCUGACAUGUCAGUUGGCAUAUUGUGCAGAUGUGAGCAAUAAAGGAGUCCUUCCAACUAAAACUCCUGCUCCAACAACUCCAGUUCCACUGCCAAAACCAGUUCUCACCCUUCAAACGGAAAGCAAUUCACCAUGGGGCCAGCCUGUCCAGAUGAACUGCUCCAUCUCCACUCAGUACCUGGGUGGGACAUUCACCCUGCAGCAGCUCUCUGGGUCCUACAGAGAGACAAAGGCAGCCACGGGAACAUCUGCUGUUUUCACCAUCCGUCAGGUGGACUUUGCCCAUGGAGGAUCCUACUACUGCCAGUAUCAAACACGAGUGUCUGGUCGUGAUUUCACCUCAUCUCACAGCGAUUCUGUCAGCUUCUCUGUAGACGUUAAAAUCCCAAAACCAGUUCUUACCCUUCAAACAAAAAUAAAUUCAUCUUGGGGUCAGCCUGUCCAGAUGAACUGCUCCAUCUCCACUCAGUACCUGGGUGGGACAUUCACCCUACAGCAGCUCUCUGGGUCCUACAGAGAGACAAAGGCAGCCUCAGGAACCUCUGCUGUUUUCACCAUCCGUCAGGUGGACUUUGCCCAUGGAGGAUCCUACUACUGCCAGUAUCAAACACGAGUGUCUGGUCGUGAUUUCACCUCAUCUCACAGCGAUUCUGUCAGUUUCUCUGUAGACGUUACACUACCAAAACCAGUUCUCACCCUUCAAACGCAAAGCAAUUCACCAUGGGGCCAGCCUGUCCAGAUCAGCUGCUCCAUCUCCACUCAGUACCUGGGUGGGACAUUCACCCUGCAGCAGCUCUCUGGGUCCUACAGAGAGACAAAGGCAGCCACGGGAACAUCUGCUGUUUUCACCAUCCGUCAGGUGGACUUUGCCCAUGGAGGAUCCUACUACUGCCAGUAUCAAACACGAGUGUCUGGUCGUGAUUUCACCUCAUCUCACAGCGAUUCUGUCAGCUUCUCUGUAGACGUUACAAUCCCAAAACCAGUUCUUACCCUUCAAACAAAAAUAAAUUCAUCUUGGGGUCAGCCUGUCCAGAUGAACUGCUCCAUCUCCACUCAGUACCUGGGUGGGACAUUCACCCUACAGCAGCUCUCUGGGUCCUACAGAGAGACAAAGGCAGCCUCAGGAACCUCUGCUGUUUUCACCAUCCGUCAGGUGGACUUUGCCCAUGGAGGAUCCUACUACUGCCAGUAUCAAACACGAGUGUCUGGUCGUGAUUUCACCUCAUCUCACAGCGAUUCUGUCAGUUUCUCUGUAGACGUUACACUACCAAAACCAGUUCUCACCCUUCAAACGCAAAGCAAUUCAUCUUGGGGCCAGCCUGUCCAGAUCAGCUGCUCCAUCUCCACUCAGUACCUGGGUGGGACAUUCACCCUUCAGCAGCUCUCUGGGUCCUACAGAGAGACAAAGGCAGCCACGGGAACAUCUGCUGUUUUCACCAUCCGUCAGGUGGACUUUGCCCAUGGAGGAUCCUACUACUGCCAGUAUCAAACACGAGUGUCUGGUCGUGAUUUCACCUCAUCUCACAGCGAUUCUGUCAGUUUCUCUGUAGACGUUACACUACCAAAACCAGUUCUCACCCUUCAAACGCAAAGCAAUUCAUCUUGGGGCCAGCCUGUCCAGAUCAGCUGCUCCAUCUCCACUCAGUACCUGGGUGGGACAUUCACCCUUCAGCAGCUCUCUGGGUCCUACAGAGAGACAAAGGCAGCCACGGGAACAUCUGCUGUUUUCACCAUCCGUCAGGUGGACUUUGCCCAUGGAGGAUCCUACUACUGCCAGUAUCAAACACGAGUGUCUGGUCGUGAUUUCACCUCAUCUCACAGCGAUUCUGUCAGUUUCUCUGUAGACGUUACACUACCAAAACCAGUUCUCACCCUUCAAACGCAAAGCAAUUCACCAUGGGGCCAGCCUGUCCAGAUCAGCUGCUCCAUCUCCACUCAGUACCUGGGUGGGACAUUCACCCUGCAGCAGCUCUCUGGGUCCUACAGAGAGACAAAGGCAGCCACGGGAACAUCUGCUGUUUUCACCAUCCGUCAGGUGGACUUUGCCCAUGGAGGAUCCUACUACUGCCAGUAUCAAACACGAGUGUCUGGUCGUGAUUUCACCUCAUCUCACAGCGAUUCUGUCAGCUUCUCUGUAGACGUUACAAUCCCAAAACCAGUUCUUACCCUUCAAACAAAAAUAAAUUCAUCUUGGGGUCAGCCUGUCCAGAUGAACUGCUCCAUCUCCACUCAGUACCUGGGUGGGACAUUCACCCUACAGCAGCUCUCUGGGUCCUACAGAGAGACAAAGGCAGCCUCAGGAACCUCUGCUGUUUUCACCAUCCGUCAGGUGGACUUUGCCCAUGGAGGAUCCUACUACUGCCAGUAUCAAACACGAGUGUCUGGUCGUGAUUUCACCUCAUCUCACAGCGAUUCUGUCAGUUUCUCUGUAGACGUUACACUACCAAAACCAGUUCUCACCCUUCAAACGCAAAGCAAUUCAUCUUGGGGCCAGCCUGUCCAGAUCAGCUGCUCCAUCUCCACUCAGUACCUGGGUGGGACAUUCACCCUUCAGCAGCUCUCUGGGUCCUACAGAGAGACAAAGGCAGCCACGGGAACAUCUGCUGUUUUCACCAUCCGUCAGGUGGACUUUGCCCAUGGAGGAUCCUACUACUGCCAGUAUCAAACACGAGUGUCUGGUCGUGAUUUCACCUCAUCUCACAGCGAUUCUGUCAGUUUCUCUGUAGACGUUACACUACCAAAACCAGUUCUCACCCUUCAAACGCAAAGCAAUUCACCAUGGGGCCAGCCUGUCCAGAUCAGCUGCUCCAUCUCCACUCAGUACCUGGGUGGGACAUUCACCCUGCAGCAGCUCUCUGGGUCCUACAGAGAGACAAAGGCAGCCACGGGAACAUCUGCUGUUUUCACCAUCCGUCAGGUGGACUUUGCCCAUGGAGGAUCCUACUACUGCCAGUAUCAAACACGAGUGUCUGGUCGUGAUUUCAUCUCUUCUCGCAGUGAUUCUGUCAGCUUCUCUGUAGAUGUUACAAUCCCAAAACCAGUUCUCACCCUUCAAACAGAAAAAAAUUCACCAUGGGGCCAGCCUGUCCAGAUCAGCUGCUCCAUCUCCACUCAGUACCUGGGUGGGACAUUCACCCUUCAGCAGCUCUCUGGGUCCUACAGAGACACAAAGGCAGCCUCAGGAACCUCUGCUGUUUUCACCAUCCAUCAGGUGGACUUUGCCCAUGGAGGAUCCUACUACUGCCAGUAUCAAACACGAGUGUCUGGUCGUGAUUUCACCUCUUCUCGCAGUGAUCCUGUCAGCUUCUCUGUAGACGUGUCCCUGUCACAGCCCAACAUCUCUGUCAGUGCCCCAGAGGGAGAGCUGGUCUUGGGACCCCAUGGCCCAGAGGUCCGCUGGGGCCAAAGCUUCUCCAUCGUCUGCUCCACCAAGCCACAGUACCAAGGAGGCUCUUUCCACCUCAUCUCGGACAGGUCAGCUGAGAUCUGGACUGAGCUGGCGGUCAAUCACUCUGCCUCUUUCGACUUUCCUGAAGCAGAGUUUUUCCAUGAAGGGAACUACAGCUGCUUCUAUGAAGUCACCUUGUCCACACGUCUGUUCACCUCAGGAAAAACAGAUGUGCUUUGUGUGAUCGUAAGAGCUCUGACAUGGAUGGAGUGGUCUCGACAUACGGCAUCUGCACAUCCCUCUGUGAUCUAUGGGGCAACACUUGGCCUGAUGCUCCUUGCCAUAGUCCUGUGCUCAGUGUUGCUGUUGAAGAAAAAGAAGACUCAGCAUAUAUAUGCGAUCAAUGAUGAGUACUGGCCUAUGACUUCAUUUGAAGUACUAAAAUCAGCAGAGCCAGUGAAGACAGAGCAGAUACCAUCUCAGCUGGAGGAAGAAGUUGAAUUUGCAUCGUAAGCAGACCACAGUAUAUAUGUGUGGGUAAAGAUUUGUGUGGGUAAAGAUUUGUGCUUUUGCUUCACUGAUAUGUCGUGAUUGUGCCCCAUCUAUCUGAUGCUGUUUUUUUUUUUUUUUUUUCAAAAAUAAUGAUAGAAAUUAUCCUCAUCUUAUAGAUAGAAAGCACAUCCUCAUCUGAAAUUAGUGUCUGACAGCAAAGGUGAAAUCUAAUUGUACUUUCCACCACAGCUGUUUAUGAUAAUUAAAUACUACAAUGUAUCUACAGUAAAUCAUCAGUCCAUCAUUGCAGUGCUGUUUCUUUUUGCUUACAAUAAAUGGAAGCUUUGAUACCAAAGAUAAAUAAAGUAUAGAAGUCAGUUCA